UACAAAUAAUGUUGGGUAAUGCUAAUAGUCUCUGCUCUGCAACAUGCCAUUGGAUAGAAUUGUAUAUUUCUCACUUGUUAUACAUCAGGCCAUUCACAGUGGGGUUAGAAAGCAUGUACAGUUUGGCACAGAAAAGCAUUCAAUUGAAACCAAUGGCCUCUGCACAUAAGUUGAUGGGGCUUAUAAUUGAAAUUCUUGGGGAAAAUACUGAGGUUGUUUUAGCAGAAUGCUUGAAAGGAUUUGGUCCUUGGAUGGUUGCCCAUGCCAUAGAGUUGUUGACUGCUGGGACUGACCAUGCAGAAAUGUGUUGUUAACUUUUUUAACGUAAG